AUGCCCGAGGCUGGCUGCCCGGAGGGGGCUCGGGGUCCUGGGCUCCGCCGGAAGCGCUCUCCCCCACCCCGCGGGCUCGGUGCAGCUCUGCUUCGCCUUCGCUCCUCCCGGCUUCGCGGAGUUUCUCUAAAGGCUCCUCCAGCCCCCACAGCCUCGGCGGCCAUAAAUCGCCCCCAGGCUGUUCUCUCCACUCCCAGCACCGCCCCCCGGAGGGGCGGAGGACUGAGGAGAAGCCGCCCGGGAAGACGAGGCGGCCUCCAUCCAGUGAGCGGCCGCCUCCAGUCUCCCCUCGCUCUACGUUUCCGAGAGUUAGAGAAGCCCGUGCUGGUUCCGUCUCGGGAAUGGGAGAAGAAGUGGGUAACCGUGGGGGACACAUCCCUUAGGAUAUUUAAAUGGGUGCCAGUAGCUGACAGCAAAGAGAAGGAGAAAUCAAAAUCAAACAAUUCAGCAGCCCGAGAACCUAAUGGUUUCCCCUCUGAUGCCUCUGCCAAUUCUUCCCUCCUUCUUGAAUUCCAAGAUGAGAAUAGCAACCAGAGCUCCAUGUCUGAUGUCUAUCAGCUCAAGGUGGACAGCAGCACCAACUCGAGCCCAAGCCCCCAGCAGAGCGAGUCCCUGAGCCCGGCACACACCUCUGAUUUCCGGACGGACGAUUCCCAACCACCCACAUUAGGCCAGGAGAUCCUUGAGGAACCCUCCCUGGCUGCUUCGGAAGGGGCAGAUGAACCUCCCACUCUCACCAAGGAAGAACCAGUCCCGCUGGAGACGCAGGCUGCGGAGGACGAGGAGGAUUCAGGUGCCCCACCACUAAAGCGUUUCUGUGUGGAGCAGCCUGCCGUGCUGCAGACAGCCUCAGAAAGCUAGCGCCACCCUGGCGUCCCUGCCCGCUUGGCCCCUUGCCUCUAUUUAUUGAAUUCUGGUCCUGGCUAUGCUGUUGUUGCUGGGGUGAAGGCAAAUGUUGGGGUCCAGAGACUGCAUGUCUUAGCCCCCUGGACUGAAAAGUUCCAGUGGGGAAGGCGGCCGUAGGACUUGGGGUCACGGUGCCAUCUUUCCGUCCCUAGUACCUGUUUGCUUGCUCCUAUGCUUUCCUUAGGGGACUUAAGCUGCAAGUGUGUGGCCCCAGGGCUCCCCAAGCUCUGAGGCCUUUGAAGUCCUCCAGGGCACACAGGCUUCCAGAAGGCUGACCUCACCCCACUUUGGGUUUCAGGCCCUCCCCCUGCCUUUUUUAUAGCCCAGUCUGGAGCUGUGUGGUCUCUGCUCCUUGGGCUGAGCUGCUAGGCCAGUGGGCAUAGUGCAGAGAGGAAUGAGUGCCCUGUAGAGAGCCAGCACUUAGGGAUCUUAGUGGCCCUUGCUGGACAAAGCCCAUGGGCUCACGGGCAAGUGUGAGUCCUUCAGCCUCAGGUAGGAGUAUGGUGUGGAGGGGGCAGGAGUGAGUGCCUCACCUAGGUGAGGCCUCUGGGAAAAGGAGGGGUCCUUUACCACCCGAUGGGUUUCCAUUUGCCUGAGCCCUCAGGCCUCUUCCUCAGUAGUCCAUCUCCCAUUGGGUUCUCCCCCCCAUCCCCCAUUCUUCCUUUCCCUUUCUUCCCCUGUCUCCCCCUCCCUUCUGCUGUGGCCCCUGCCCCAGGCCUGGGUCAGCACUGCUGCUACAGCUUAGGUCCCAGCAAGAGUUGGAGGUUCUGGGUACACCAAGCCCAAUUCCUCAUCAGCUCAGACUUUCUGGAAAGUUUCCUUUUCUUUGAAAUCUGCAUGUUGAAUCGAACUUUGUGAUAUUAUUUUUUGUUUCUGGAAAAAAAGUUUUAAGAAAAUUAAAUGGGCGACUGUGAGUGAAGACAUAUUUUAGCACUGAAUAGAAUAUUUUUAAAAUUAAACUAUUUGAAAUACACUUUA